UCACGAUGCCGGUGUGCCCGAUGUCCAUGGAGUUCCUCAAGGCCUCACACUUCGCUCUGGGCCCCGAUCCACGGCUGCUCGAAGGUAGUAUGCAGUGCACGACGCACAGGGACUUCCCGGCCUAUUUCUCCAUCACCCCGGAGCGGCUGCCAGCUUCGCCAACGCACUCCACAGUCUUCCAAAAGGAAGCACGCUGGGACUCCGAGGAGCGCGUGUCCGAGAUGCACCGCGCGUUCUCACCGCCGUCCGAGUCGCCGCGGCUGGACGAGCUGCGGGAGCAGACAAUGGAGCGCGCGCGAGCCAUGCAGAUCAGCAACCUGCACGUGCACGCGGACGUGCGCCCUAGCCUCAACCUGUCCACCGCACGCGCCGACUACCGCUGGCCGGAGCUGCCGCCGCACGGCCGCGAAGACAUCCGAGGCGCGCGCCUCAUCUUCGACCGCGACUCGGUGCCCUCAGGCGACAGGGAGCAGCUGCGCAUCCCGGCCACCUCGUACAAGGCGCACUACCUGCCAUACGCCGCCGCCGCUCAGCCCCGUGUGCCCAGCAGCCACCUGGGGGGCCGCAACCCCCUGAAAUGGAACUACAAGGGACAGGACGACACCACCUACCAGAAUCACUUCCAGGCCCUCCCAGGUCCUCCUGCCUUGAUGUGUAAGAGGGCCUCCUCCAGUGUGAGCCUAGGAGACCCCCAGACUGGCUUCAACACCCUGUGCUCAUACACGAAACAGACCUACGUGCCUCAGGAGCUGCCGCCAGACAGGUAUGACAAGGCCCAGACUGCAGCCCACAUCCACCAGGUGAGCAUUAGUCCCGGAGACAGCCUGUUCCACGACAGGACCACCAUGAAUGACCACUUCUACGCCCGAGAGCCAGAGUCCUUUGUUCUUCACCACGAUAAGACCCCGGAGUCACACAUCCUGAAAGGAAACUGGUGCCCCGGCCCUGGCAGCCUGGCUACCUCCACGAAGUUCUUCUAUGGUGAGCCGCCUCCUGUGACUCAGCCUCCAAGCCGACAUGUGUCCCAUGAGAAACUGAAGGAUCAUGUGACCCUGGGAGAAGCGAAGCUGCUCGGAGACUUCUUCCAAACCUCCGCAGGCUCAGCCUACUGCCCUCCGGAUACCAAACCAAUACAGAGAGCCCUUAACCUUUCUUUGUUGCAGAGUAACUUGCCUGAGGGCACAGGUGAAUUUGAUUUUUUAACCAUGAACCAAAAGAUGCUGAAGCCGCAUGGAAUAGCUCGAGCUGCCGUCACGGAAGAGCUGUUACAGAAGUGCAAGUACAGCCACAUAGAGCCCCAGCUGGGUGGACAGCGCUUCUUCUCCACCCACUAUCAAGACCAAUUUCCUCUCAAGUACCAAGGCCCACUGGUAAAGAAGCAAAGUAACAUUCAGGAGAGCCACGUGCCGAUGGGCACACCCCAAAAGUUCGGCUGCUGGGGACAGAGAGUAGACCCUCAGGGCCCCCAGCUCCCUAUGUACCCUUGCCCGAGCAAGCAAUAAAUAUCACUUGAUUGUCAACUUGACAGGCUUUAUCUUUACUUUUUUUUUUUUUAACGUUGAUUUGCUUGUGUGUGAGCAUGAUUGUGAACCUGCCACGGUGGGGGAGGAAUGUCAGAAGGCAACUUGCAGGAACUGGUUCUCUCCUUUCUCCUUAUAAGUUCUAGGGAAUCGAUCUUAGGUCCCCAGGGACCAAGCUUUGUGGCAAGGCCUUCAUUUGCUGAGCCAUCAUGGCUGCCCUGGACAGCCUUGAGAAUAAUCAUGAAAACAAGCCUCUGAGCAUGUCUACGUGAGAGUUUCUAGAUUAGAUUAACUAAGGUGAGAAGACCCUGAAUGUAGGCGCACAAUUUCAUGGGCUACUCCUCACUGCCUGCUGACUCCUGACGGUUAAGCAAUGUGACCGGCUGCCUUUGCCACCAAAGCUCCUGCCGCUUUGCCACUCCACCAUGAUGAACGGCACUCUGCAACUGUGAGGUUCUCUUUCUUUCUUUUUUCUCUCUUACAGUAUGUGUUUUGCCUACAUGUAUGUCUGCACUCCAUGUGCAGGCCUGGUGCCUGUGGAAGCCAGAAGGAGACACUGGAUCCCCUGGAAGUGGAGGGCUCUUCUGAUAUUUGAAUGACACACAGUAUAUGAAUAGUGGGUCUAGAGAUGGCUCAGUGGUUAAGAGCCCUGCUGCUCUUGCUGAUAUCCAGAGUUCCAUUCCCAGCACCCAUAUCCAGUGGCUCACAACCAUCUGUGAGUCCAGCCCCAGUGCCCCAGCUUCAGAAUGCACUGA